AUGACCGACGAUUUUAGCGCACCGAUCGACUGCUUCCCUUACCCAUCGACGUUACGAAGCCUGACGAUUGAAAGAGAAAUUGGAAAAUAUUUUGACCUCGGCAAGAUCUUGGCCAUGUGUCUGCUCCUGGAGUCCUUGCACCUACUUUCCCACUGGGUCUGUCAUCUCUACGGAACUUGGACGAGUCUAAGAAAUGAACUCCUUCCUACUCGUCUGCCACUGCGCUCCCUGGUUCUGAAGCAAUCACAAAUCUAUCAGGAGUGGGUCGAGGACUUGCUGAAGGCCACCUCCGACCUUGAGGAUCUCCAACUGAUUAUGAUCUCGAAUGCGCACACUCAUCCUUGGGACUGGCCUCGAUUCUCUCGGCACCUACAGACGCUCUCCCUCCCACUCAAGCAGUUCCAUUACUCGAUGAUGUGGACUGUCUGGGCAAACGACAAACAAGAGGAGGAGAUCUUUGCAACCUGUCCCCAAGCGCAAGAACGGACCUUUCUUGCCCAUCAUUUGACGCCAAGGAUUGCAGAGUGUCUAAAGGAUCAGCUAAUAGCUUUGACCACCCUCAACAUUAUCCUCCCCAGUUUUGUUCACUGCUACCGCGACGGAUAUUUACCUCAGUACCAGCUCCUCUGCGAAUGCCCAAACCUCCGCCACCUCAAGACGCUCAAGAUGCCUUACAUGGUCGAGUAUAUGGACCUUCAUCGCCGCAACAGCAUGCUCCCACCGAUAGAAGACCCCCAUUCUCAACCUCAUGUGCAACCUGUCCCCGGGAUCUGGAUCUGCCGCGGCUUGGAAACACUCUACCUCGACCUCCACAUCCACGACAACACCCGCAAGGGUAUCGCCUACGGAUAUGUUGCCAGAGUCUACCCGGACCUACAAGACCUCCGGAUCUCGUUCCCUGAAUACUGCAACUUUGGAGGUGGACGCGAGUUCGGCUGGCAAAGACCUUUUCUUCUGGAGGAAGGUCUUUGUUUGUUGUCGAGACUCGUGCGACUGGAGCGUCUUCGGGUGGAGAACAGGAAGGUGGAGUGUGAGAUUGCGGAGCUGAAUUGGUUGUGUCGGUCUGGUCAUGCUGCGGAGCAUCGAGCAAGGAGGCGAAAGAUUGUUGAUGGGUGGACGUCAAGACUGGAGGAGGAAGCUGUCAUGGAAGCCGCUCGUUUGGAGAACAUUGCGAGGGCCUCCAUGGAUAUUAUUGGAGUGGGAGCCGACGAUGAGGCGCUAAUGGCAAGUCUGAGCAAUCUUGGUUUGCUCCAGGACGUGAAGGACACGAUGGCAGAGAUAGACGCGGACAAGUCUGUGUGCCUUCCUGAACUUAAGCAAGUCGCCUGUGGGGAGACUGACCAGACCGUCUCUAUUCCCCUGGCAACCCAAGGCGCGUCGUCGUCUCACCCGCAGCCACAUAUAAUUUUUAUCAAUACCCGGCCGCCAGCGUCUUCCUCAGCAACAACAGCACCAUCAUCACCUUCAUACCCAACACAGAACACGUCAUCCUCAUCGUCGCAAACAUCACCUACCCUUACCUCGUCGAAUCUGCCAGAAGCCAAGGAGGAAAAGGGCUUUGUCCAGACUGUCCUCGACUCGAACCCUUACUUCUCGGCUGGCUUCGGGCUUAUGGCUAUCGGCGCAGGACUGACCAUUCUUCGCAAAGGAACCGUCUCGGGAGCGAGUGUACUUCGUCGACAGCUCCUUGUUACACUCGAGAUCCCAAGCAAGGACAAGUCGUACCUGUGGUUCUUGCACUGGAUGUCGUCCCAGUCAAGAAAUGCCGCAUCACUGACCCACGCUUCAGGAGCAGAGGCAGCAUCAGCAGGAAAGAAGGGAAUUUUCGGGCGUUUGAGUGAUCGCGUCGCCAACAAAGUCAACCAGCGCUCGCAGUUCUUGGCGGUUCAGACAGAGUUCAAACAACAUGACAACGGCUCAGUCACGACACGGUUCAACUUGGUCCCUGGUAACGGCAAGCAUUUGAUCCGAUACAACGGUUCAUGGAUCCAAGUCGAGAGGACUCGUGAUGCCAAGAUGAUGGAUCUGUCUACGGGCGCACCCUGGGAAACUGUGACUUUGACGACCUUGUCGCGGGAUCGACAGGUGUUUACGGCUCUGUUGCAGGAGGCACAAAAGAUGGCAUUGUUGAACCAGGAGGGCAAGACUGUGAUCUACACGAGUUGGGGACCAGAGUGGAGACCUUUUGGACAGCCACGCAAGAGGAGAGUGCUGCAGAGUGUCAUUUUAGACGAGGGCGUUGGCGAGAGAGUCGUGAGCGACGUCAAGGAGUUUGUGAAAAACGAGAAGUGGUACGCCGACCGAGGUAUCCCAUAUCGUCGCGGAUACUUGCUUUAUGGACCUCCAGGAAGCGGAAAGACGAGUUUUAUUCAGGCAUUGGCAGGAGAGCUCGAGUAUAACAUUUGCAUCCUGAACUUGAGCGAGCGCGGACUUACCAACGACCGAUUGAACCACCUCUUGACCAAUUUGCCCGAACGGAGUAUCAUGUUGCUUGAAGACAUUGACGCCGCCUUUGCCAAACGCGACAAGACUCAAGAAGGAUUCCAAUCGAUGGUAACGUUCAGCGGGCUGCUUAAUGCACUAGACGGCGUGGCGUCAUCGGAAGGCAGGAUCAUCUUUAUGACGACCAACCACAUUGAGAUUUUGGACGCAGCAUUGAUCCGCCCUGGCCGUGUUGACUUGCGAGAAUAUGUUGGUGAUGCUACCCCGGCACAGAUCCGCAAGAUGUUUAAGCGGUUCUAUGAGCUUGAGGAUGUGUUGGCAGAGAAAUUUGUCAAAUCGCUGGAGGGCCACAAGGUCAGCACAGCAGCCUUGCAGGGUCACUUUGUGCACUUUAAGGACCGGCCCGAGGAUGCCUGUGCUAAUGUUGCCUAUCUCACCACACCGCACCGUAUCGAUUAA